AUGUCUGCAGCCGCUCACUUGUCUAAUGGAAAGAUUAAUUUAAGUCUUCUGCGUGAUUUCUAUAGAAGAGAACUUCUUGAGUCGCUUGACAAAUGUUCAGGAACAAAGGCUCUGGUUUGGGAUGAUGCACUGACAGGAGCAUUUGGUCUUAUAGCUGAAUACUCAUUGUUGAAGGAACAUGAAGUUGAAAAGAUGUUUCCCCUGCGGUCUUCUGGACUGCCGCCAUCCAAUGUACAAAACAUCAUCUUUGUCACACGUCCAAAGCUCAGUCUUAUGGAGCAAAUUGCACAAAAUCUACUGCAAGAGGAACAAAAAGGAGGCUUUAGGAAGGAUUACCAUAUUAUCUUUGUUCCCAGAAGGAGUCUGCUAUGUGACAAGAAGCUGAAGGAAAUGGGAGUGUAUGGUACCAUAACCAAUUUUGAGGAAUUCCAACUCUCUCUCAUUCCUUUUGAUUCUGAUCUACUUUCUAUGGAAAUGGAAUCUUCUUUUAGGGAGUGUUACCUAGAGAAUGACUUUACAUCAAUGCAUUAUGCUGCACAGUCCCUGAUGACUUUACAGGCUCUUUAUGGCAUCAUACCUAACAUCUGUGGCAAGGGAGACUGCGCAAAGCAUAUAGUGGACAUGAUGCUGCGUAUGAGAAGAGAACUUGGCGGCCGUGAACCACAGAUCACACCUCAGAUAGAUAACCUGCUCAUCCUGGACCGAAAUGUGGACCUUCUAACCCCACUUCUCUCACAGCUGACAUAUGAAGGUCUUAUAGACGAGAUGUUUGGUAUCAAUAAUACAAGUGUAAAGCUUCCCCCAGAAAAGUUUCAGACUGGUCCUCAACAACAGGAUGAUCCUCAGGCAGUGUCAUCUGAGCCUAAAAAGGUCAUCCUCAACUCUCAAGAUGAACUGUAUGCAGAUCUUCGUGACAAAAAUUUCAAUGCUGUUGGAUCAAUUGUUAGUAAAAAGGCAAAGGUCAUCACUGCAGAAUUUGAUGAACGACAUAGUGCUAAAACUGUGAGUGAGAUGAAACAGUUUGUAUCCAAGCUUCCUCACCUCCAGCAAGUCAGGGCAUCACUCUCUACACACACAUCCAUUGCUGAGUUAGUGAAAGAAGCCACUGAUACAGAUGAGUUCAUGGACUCAUUACGCUGUCAACAAGAAUUUAUUAAUGGUAUGGAGACAGACAAGAUACAUCCUUAUAUAGAGGACUGUAUGGGCAGACAGGAACCAAUCAAUAAGGUGCUGCGCUUGGUGUGUAUACAAUCCUACUGUAAUAACGGACUUAAACAAAAAGUGCUCGACCACUACAAACGUGAAAUUGUACAGACAUAUGGAUAUGAGCAUAUGGUUACACUUAUGAAUAUAGAAAAGGUGGGACUACUGCGUCCCCAUGGCAACAGAACAUACCCAGCUAUAAGGAAGUCCAUGCGACUGAUUGUAGACGAUGUCAAUGAACAGAACCCACAUGAUAUAGCUUAUGUAUAUAGCGGGUUUGCACCCCUAAGUGUGAGGCUGGCGCAGUAUUAUGCCCGACCUGGCUGGCGGAGCAUUACAGAGGUCCUCAAUCUCCUUCCUGGUCCCACUGUAGAGGAGAUUCAACAAAUCCCUGUAGCUCUCCGCAAACGACGGGGUUCUAUUGGAUCCACCCAUUCUAGUGCUGGAGAGCAGAAAGUCACUCUAGUCUUUUUCCUUGGAGGUGUGACAUAUGCUGAAAUAGCAGCAUUACGGUUCCUGGCACAGCAAGAUGAUGGAGGAACAGACUACCUGAUUUCCACAACAAAGAUAAUUAAUGGGACAUCAUUCCUUAAGUCUAUAGCACAGGAACUCAUAGCAGUAAAAAUGAAUCCAUUCUGAAAGGACAUGUAGAAUUGAUUAGAAUUACUCAAAUAUCUAGUGAGGGAGAAUCUGGAAACUGUGUAGUCACCAGACACAAGUCCCAGAACAUUAAAAGGGAUUUCUAGUUACAAUUCUCCACAUCUCUGAAACCUUGGGGUCUUUUCCUUAACCCAUAAUACUGGUUGGAAAAAUGAAUGACAAGACUAUUGUCAGAUCAAAUCUGAGACUGCUUGAUCCACAGAAUACCCAGUACAUGUGGAUAAAGGGACCCAGUUGUGCCUGGUCAGUACUAUGAUAGAACAUGGAUAGAAGAUGCUUUACUGCUAUCUGUUUUGGCCAAUUCUUGGACAGGAAUGAUUUCAUUUUAUAUCACAAAAUAUUUUUGUGUCAGAGAUAAUUGAAUUGUGUAGAUUUAUAUACAGGUGAGAUAUAUCACAUUUGAAGUAUGAGUGGUCAGUAGCCGAUAUUGUCACUUUGCAUCAACUAUAUCAAAGUACUGUAAAAUAUGAGGUAAAUGCUAUACAACAGAAAACCUUUACACCAUUGAUGUUCAAGGGGCCAGUUAGACCACCAGUUGGAGAAAUGUAGAACAUAUUAAUGUGUUAGAGGGCCCAAUCAGAGCACCUGUUUGAGAAAUACAGGACAUAUUAAUGUGUUAGAGGGCCCAAUGAGAGCACCUGUUUGAGAAAUACAGGACAUAUUAAUGUGUUAGAGGGCCCAAUGAGAGCACCUGUUUGAGAAAUACAGGACAUAUUAAUGUGUUAGAGGGCCCAAUCAGAGCACCUGUUGGAGAAAUAUGCAACACAUUAAUUGAAAUGUUUGAAAAUUGCAUGGGUUUCGAAGUAGGAUGUUUGGUGUGAUGAGUGUCUGAAUGUUUGGUGUAUGUGAUUAAAAGUAUGAGAAUAUUUUUUGUAAGUGAUUGAAUGACAGGAAAGUUCAGUUUAUAUGGAUGACUGUAUAGGAUUGCUUGGUGUAUGUGAUGAAGCUUUGUUAUUAUGUAAGACAGAUGUUUCAUCAGUGUUUGAAUAGUCCAAAUUUGUGACCCAAGAAAGUGUACAUUUUAAGGUAUGGCUAGGUAAAAUGAUUUUCUCCUUGAUGAGUGUCAUCUAUAUAGUAUUUAAUGAAAUUUUCUAAAAAGUGCAAUAUAUUAAUGUACAUUAUUCCAUUUCACAAAAUCUGUUAUUUUUGUGUAAUCACUGUUAAUUAAUCCAUUGAUGACUAGAAACCAUGUGACCUUGUUUCCCAUGAAAUCUUUAGUUACAUCUCAGAUAAGAUUUCUAGAGCAGUAGAUCAAGAGCACUUGUUAGUGAUGAGAAAAUUCCAUGUUUUUAAAGACUAUUUGAAACAUUUCAUUAUCCAGGUAAAUAUUUAGGAUGCUUUUUAUUAUUUUGUGGUUGUUCAUGACUUGAAGUUGUCAAGAUAAAACAGAUAAACCUUCUUAAUAAAAUCAUAUAAAAGA